GUUUCAGGUUUCAAGUUUUCUGCGAAUGCACUUUCCAACCGUCAGCGUCAGCUGUGUUUUCCUCUGGAUUCGUCGUCGCUUACAUGGAUUUGAGUGUUCUCAUGCACGAAGUGCACUGAUCAUCGACAUAUUCCUCAGACACAUUCCUCAUCGACACUUUAUCGGACUUCGUCGAACCGUUUUCGGCUCGCCGGUGAGUCUGAGGCGAAGUCUGUGGAAAAUCUUCUCAACGGGGCCGUCAAGCGCUGCAAGGACAUUUCCAUAGUGUCUACGGGUCUACCUGAAUCUCCCUCAAUCCAAAAAUUUCGCCUAACCCAGCUGUUUGCAAAAACAACUGAGCAUAG